AUGGGGUUCCGCGGUAUGAUUUUGACAUACGCUGCUGAAACUGUGUUUGAUCAUAGUACCCAGGCUCAACAUGGACAGGGAGUUGCUGCUUUGGAAAGCGAGCACGGGGAUGUGUCCACCAAUGCUUCGGUCCACCAGUGUCCCAGCAUCGAGGCUUGGCGGGAAGGGACAGUAGAGACCAUCUACAUGACAGAGGCAGAAGAUUACCUCGCAGUCAAGCUGACAGGCGCUGGUGUCAAAGUCACCGAGGCUUUUGCCGCUGGAAAGUUGCCUCCGCAGCAAAUGAUGGAUGCAUUGCAUGAGGUCUGCACCAAGGCCAAGGACCGAAAGGUUCGCAUCCUCGUCGAUGCCGAAUCUCAGCAUUUCCAAAAAGGCAUUGCACGGGUUGCUGUGGAACUUAUGCGCAAAUACAAUCGUGACGGUUAUGCCACCAUCUACAAUACCUACCAGGCCUACCUCAAAAGCACACCAGUGACACUGGCCAAUCAUCUCGCUGCGGCAAAAGAAGAUGGAUUCACUCUUGGUCUUAAGCUCGUGAGAGGCGCAUACAUGGCCACGGAUGAACGGUCCCUGAUCCAUGACACGAAGGAAGACACCGACAACGCAUAUAAUAUGAUUGCCCAAGGGGCGCUGAGAAAGAACAUUGGAGAAUUUGGAGAUAAGGGUAGCCGCGACUUUCCCUCGGUGAAUCUCUUCCUGGCCAGUCACAACAAAGAGAGCGUGGUGGCUGCCCACCAACUCCAUAAGCAUCGUGUCAUGUCUGGCUUGCCCACUGUGCCUGUGCGCUUCGCACAACUCCAUGGUAUGUCUGAUGAGGUUAGCUUUUCGCUGCUUCAAAUGAAUGAUGGCGAUGGAACACCAGAAGUUUAUAAAUGCUCCACUUGGGGAGCUAUGGGUGAAUGUCUGGCCUAUCUUCUUCGUCGGGCAAUUGAGAAUCGUGAUGCUGUUUUGCGGACAGAUAAUGAGUACCGGGCGUUGAAGACGGAGGUCUUUCGCAGAGUGAAGUCGGUGUUUUCUCUUUCGCCAUCUUCAUAG